CUCACCAUCCACUCCCACAUCCACGCGCUGCUUCUCACCGAGCUGUCACUGGAAACGCCGCUCCGCUCUCCGCUCCGCGCUGCGCAUCCUGCUGCGUCCUGCUGCGUGUCCUGCUGCGCUCACAUCUGGUCCGGGACCGCAGCCUUUAAAAGCCGGUGCAGAACUGACCGGAGACCGCGAACCGGGAGUAGAAACAUGGCUUCUGAAGAUAAAGAGAGCUCUGUACUGUCCGAUGACCAACUCCGAAUACUGGAGGAAAACUUCAGAACCAACAGACAUCCAGAGGGACCGAGCCUCAUGCUGAUCGCUGCAGAGGUCGGAGUGUCAGAGGAGGACGUAGAGAAAUGGUACAGGCUGCGCAUGGCAAAGUGGAGGAAAGAGCAGGGUCUACCACCAACAAUUGGAUCAGUGUUGGACUGAGAUUUUCUGAUCUCCUUCUGAUGCACAAACUCUUCUUAGCUGACCUUCCUCCUCAACGGGCUGACCAACCUUGUAUCUUCGCCUCACCAUUUGUCCAUCCCUCCUUUUUGUAUCUAUGUCUUUGCAGAAUAUGAAGUUGUCGGUGUGCCAUUGUAACUGCCUUGUUUACAUAAAUAAACCUGAUGUUAUUGUAAGUGGAAGGAAUUUGCUUUUACAUUUGACAGGAUGCAGCAGGAUUCUACAAUAGAGGGAGGAUGAAGUGCCUGCUUGUGUUUUUAGUUGGUCUCUGCAGUAAAAAGAUGAAAGAGAAUCACUGCUUUACAAUAGAUAUGAAACAUAUGUGAUUUAAUCUGGUAUGUUCCCCUGGAGACGGUGAAGGAAAGAAUGGGUUUAACCAGUGCAGGUGAUGUAAUUUGUUCCCUUUAUUCCCUAAAGCAAGCAUCUCUGUCUUAAUGUUGCACUACUUCUUCAUAUUUGCUAUGUUUUGAUUCCUUUUUUAUUGCUGCUUUUUGUUUUUACUUUUGUACAGCACUUUGGUCAGCUGCUAUAUUGUAUUUUAAGUACUUUAGAAAUAAAGUAUGGAAAAGUCUGAA